CGCCCGGACCGCGCUGCGAGUGGCAUGAAAUAAUAUUGCAUUAUCUGUGAAUUAGUGGACAAGGCUUUGUGUUGAGUUACACUCAGAGACCAGAAAUAGGAAGCAGUGAUGAAUAAGGAUGAUCACCCUUUGAAGGUGAAGCCAAUGGUGCGUUGUCCCCGCUCAAAUAUGGCGUCGACCAGGUUGCAGGAGACCCACCUUCCACCUAUUCUACGUGUUUCUACACCAUAUGAAGAUUCCUCAUCAGAAAAACAAUGGUCUCGCUACCACCACGGGUGCGUGGACAGAAGCUCACCAUUCCUGGAUUGGACUUCCCGUAAGGGUAUGAAGAAGAAGUUAGGAAGUGGUAAAGGGCGUGGCCGAAUAUUACGAGAUCCGUUAAAAGAUGAAGAAGAAAUAGUGUUGUACUUGGACCAACAUCGGGGGUUUCUCGAGAAGUACGUGACUGACCGGGUUUCUGCUGAGGAACUGGAGCGAUGGUUAUUGUACAAAUUGAAGAUGACUACGGUAAAUAUUGCUGAAAAUGGACAAAUCACAACAAUGAGCAAAGAAAAGUCUUCAAAGAAAUCUUCUUUCAUGGAUCUGAUUGGAAAGUUGCGUGAAAAUACAUCCGAAUACCAGUUGGUUCUGGAGCUGGCAGGCUCUGUCGCCACCGCCGUCGGGGUAGAAGUGUAUCGCAUUUACAAAUUGAGAGGGGAACAGCCUGAUGUGGUGCAGUAUUUUGUCGUAGACAAUAAAGUGAUUAGCAAGGAAACCCAUCACAUGGCCUUUGCCCGGGCGGAGUCUGACACAGCAGCUUUCAUCCUGGAGUUGGCGCGAGGCGGGAUUCCUCUGAGGAUAUCGUCUCCCGACAGCCGCGGGCUACCUAGUUCUUCAAUAUCUGGGAGGGCUAGACAAAAGAAGGAGCCCAAACGUGUGAUGUACCAGCCAAUGCAGACGUUAGGCGAGACCUCUUACGUGAUGGAGAUGUGGAAGAACGCCGGGUUCCUACAGGCUGAUGAGGAAAUCUCCGCCAACCUGACCCUGUGGGGGGUGCUGGCCGUUCACUUCCGUGGACUCUAUGAAGAGAAGAUCAAAGAACGCAACAUGGCCGAUUUCCUACUCGACGUGGUCAAAGCAAUAUUCGAAGAAAUGGUUUCUUUGGAUCAGCUGAUAAAAAGGAUACUGGAGUUCGCUCAGCGUUUAGUUAACGCCGACAGGGCUUCCCUCUUCCUGGUUGACUACAGGAAUUUCGAGCUGGUGUCCACUGUAUUCGAUCUGAAGUUUGAGCCCGGGCAGGACCGAGAUAUGGAGAAGAAGGAGAUCAGAAUGCCGAUAAACAGAGGGAUCGCCGGACACGUGGCGCUGUCAGGCGAAACAAUGAACAUCCCAGAUGCUUAUUCCGAUUACAGAUUCAACAGAGAUGUUGACGAAGCAACCGGUUAUAAAACAGUCAGUAUUCUCUGCAUGCCAAUAAAAGUGGAGGGCAAGGUCAUCGGCGUCGUUCAAAUGGUGAAUAAGAGGUCCGAAAAGAAUUUCGGCCACGAGGAUGAGGUGGCCUUUGAAAUAUUUUCUACGUUCUUCGGGUUGGCCCUCCAUCACGCACGAUUGUACGACAGGAUAAUGAGGAAGGAGCAAAAAUACAAAGUGGCUCUAGAAGUGUUGAGCUAUCACAAUACUUGCAGAGAAAACGAGGUUCAGACGUUGCUGGUUGAAAAUGGGAAUGUCGAUGUUAACUUAAACGAUUUCUAUCUUGAUCCUUACAGUUUGAAUGAGUUUGAGAAAUGCCAAUGCGCACUUACAAUGUUCAACGAGUUAUUCGACAUGAGUACGUUCGAUGUGAUGACUGUAACGCGGUUCAUACUUACGGUCAAGAAGAAUUACAGGACAGUGCCCUAUCAUAACUUCGACCACGGCUGGGCGGUCGCACAUGCUAUGUAUGUCAUUUUGAAAACCGAUGCACGAAAACGAUUUGACUACAAAAUGCGCUUGGCCCUGUUUGUAGCCUGUCUCUGUCACGACUUGGAUCAUCGUGGCUACACCAACAAGUACAUGAGCGAGACAGCAUCACCUCUCGCAGCUAUGUAUACCACCUCCACGUUGGAGCAUCAUCACUUUAAUAUCACGGUCACUAUAUUGCAACAGGAGGGCCACAACAUUUUUUCACACAUGUCAGGCGAGGACUACAAGGAGAUACUAGGUUUCAUAAGACAAGCCAUCUUGGCUACGGACUUAGCGGCUUUCUUUCCUAACCUGGAAAAGAUGAAGGAUUUGCACAAGGAGAAUGACGUGCAGUUCGAUUGGUCUAACACUAGUCACAGAGAUCUAGCCAUGGCUAUAUCCAUGACUUCAGCUGACUUGUCAGCUUCCGCCAAACCAUGGGACAUCCAAAUUAAAACUGUGAAGGUUAUUUUUGAGGAGUUCUAUGCUCAGGGGGACAAAGAAGCAGCAGCAGGAAGAACACCUAUCCCAAUGAUGGACAGGACUAAACCGGAGGAACAGCCCGCUAGUCAGGUCGGUUUUCUCAGCCAAAUUUGCAUACCAUGCUACACAGUACUUAGUAAAGUUCUGCCCAAUACAAAGCCUAUGUACUUGAUGGCAAUGAAAAAUCUGCAUAGAUGGAAAGCUAGGGCUGACAAAAUUGCUAAAAUGAGUUUUGAAAACAAAGGCGACGUUAACUUAGAACAAUUAUUGGCAGACUUUGAGGCCGAGGAAGAAAUUGAAGAGACUCCGAUUGAAGUUAAAGAUGUAGAUGAGACAAAAGUGGAGGAGAUAGUUGAAAAUUUAGCUACUAAUGACGACAAUAACGGUGUCUUACAACCAGUUGAAGCUCUACGUCAGAUAGUUCCUUCUUGGGAAGAAGACGUUGACGAGGAUAAAAAUGUGAAUAAAUCAUUUUGGAAGAACACAAAUGAGUCUUGGGUGGAUGAUGAAGGAGUUGUCCUUAAAAUUAAACCCAAAGCCAAUAGAGCUAUAGAAUAAAAGAAACAAAAACAAGUUACAAAAAUAUUCUAUAUAUUAUAUGAAAUAUUAAGCUAUUAAGUAUCACUUAAUAUUUUAAUUACAUUAAGUAUAUGUUCAGCUGUUCAUUUGCGAGAGAGAUGAUGAUACCUUUCAAAUAAAAAUAUCAUAAGAAAGCUUGUCAUCAUGUUAUCCUUGGUGCUUUAGGCGCUUGUUCAAGGUAGUAAAACUACAUCAGUUCGACAGAUCCCAUAGUAAGCAAUGAAAAGGCCUUAUAAUUAAUUAAAUCUCGCAGUAAUAUUUAUUGGCUGAUAUACAGCCAUCGUCAAAUACAUUACAACCAUGCCCAAAAAAGGGAAAUUAAAA